GAACUGUCGUUCAUUGGUGGCCGAUCGUGCAAGCGCAUGGCAAUAUUUAAAGCGACACGAACAUGGAUCGCGGGGACGUUUUCCAUGAGCAUUGACUGACAAACAGACAAGUUUCUGCCUGCUUUCCAUCAACCAACAGUCUUUGCUCGGACAUUUAACGGAAAGCAAGACGAGUGUCCAUACUGUUGUGAAACGUGAUCGCUAUGGUUAACAGUAUUAAUUCUUUGUCGUUCUCUGGCAUUGAGAAUAAUGGAGGCAAAGAAGGAGCUGCAGAUUUCGAAAAAGCAAUCAAAAUGUGUGGGUACGGAAGAUUUCACUAUGGCUUUCUACUUCUCUGCGGAGCAAUGUUCCUCUGUGUUGGUUGCCAAAACGGUAUAAACGCAUAUAUCUUACCAUCCGCAGAAUGUGAUCUUAAUUUGACUUCUGAACAAAAAGGUCUUCUGAACGUCUCCUUUCUCUUAGGAGGAGUUAUAAGUUCCCUUUUCUGGGGAAUAUUCGCAGAUGCCUACGGAAGGAGAUAUAUUCUUCUCCUUACUUUAUUAAGCGACAGUAUUUUAUCAAUUGGAGGAAGUUUCUCUCAAAGUUUUAAAGUGCUGUUAAUUUUUAGAGGUCUCAAUGGAUUUUUUAUCGGUGCUCCUGGAUCUCUAGUCUAUACGUAUCUUGGCGAAUUUCAUGCACAGAAACAAAGAGCAAAAGCAAUUUGUUACGUUGGAUUCUUUUGGACUUUAUCAUGGUUAAUAUUACCCGGUUUGGCUUGGAUCAUUAUACCACUGCCAAUGUCCUUUCAAUUCAACGGAAUAUUAUAUAAUUCUUGGCGACUUUUCUUGGCCGUUAUUGGAAUACCAACGCUAAUGGUAGCUUUUGUUGCAAGCAGAUAUCCUGAGAGUCCAAAAUUUUUGGUCUCUCAGGGAAAAACGGAGGAAGCACUGACGAUUUUACGAAAAAUCUACGCGAUAAACAGUAAUUGUGACGAGGAUGAAUAUCCAAUAAAAAUCUUAUUAUCUGACGAUACGUUGAAUAUUAAUAAUCGUAAAACAUCAUUCUCCGCGUCUAGAAUAUUAAUGGAAUUAUUGAAAAAUAUUUGGCAACAAGCACGUUCGCUUGCAUCACCACCACUUUUGAAAUAUGCACUUCUCUGUUGGACCAUUUACUUCGCAAAUAUGUUCGGUUAUUAUGGAUUCGGUUUAUGGUUGCCAGAAUUGUUUAAUCGUUUCGAAAAUUAUCAUAAAUUAUUUCCGGAACAAAGUGUAAGCGUUUGUAAAUUGAUCCACGAGACUGAUCUACAAACUGUGAAAAAUGUUUUAAUUAAUUCAACCGACGUGGAUAAUUGUUCUCCUAACAUGGACCAAAUGGUUUUUAUCAAUUCAUUGACGAUUAAUGCAUUUUGCUUAUUGGGCAACAUCAUGUCCGGUUUUUUGGCAAACCGUGUUGGUCGACGAACGAUUCCAGUAACAACCAUGUUGUUAGCUGGUAUUUUCGGUUUUGCGAUAUAUUUUGUCCAAUCUUCCCUGCAAAUUCUCAUGGUGAGCUGCAUGUUCUCAUUGAUGAUAGGCACAGCGAAUUUCGUCAUUAGCAGUAUAGUAGUUGACAUAUUUCCAACGCAUGUAGGCGCUGUUGCGAUUUGUAUGAUGACCUGUUUCGGAAGAAUCGGCGCCAUAGCUAGUAAUUUAACUUUUGGAAUGUUGCUCGACAUCAGUUGCGAGGUGCCAAUAUUUUUAGUCGGUAGCAUAGUGAUCCUUGGAGGAUUAUUAGCAUUACUUCUCUCAAAGAAAAGAAGUUGAAUAUUUUCUGGUAGGAGAACGGAAAAAACAAGAAUAGAGAUUACGCUUAUUAUUAUAACGUAUGACAUUUAAUCAUUCCAUAUUUUAUUAUUAUUAAUAAAUUAUAUCAUUCAA